AUGAUUGAUGCCAAUCCACACCCAAAACAAAAUGUUUCAAUACCACAGUGGUCUCUAUAUCAUCUCCACAACAACAACAAUUUCACUCGGACGAACAAGUCUUUACAAUUAUUUGCUCCUUCAGAGGAGACACUCCAUGUCGAAAGAACUUUCCGAAAUACUUUUAAAAUUUCGAGUCAAGUGAAUUGUUCUUCGUAUGACAUUUCUGAACUCAUGUCGGAGGGAUGUUCAUUUCGAAAAGAAUUAAUUUUUAUUAUUAAUCCUGAUGAUGUAUGGAUUACGAAUGAAGAUUGCAACUUGGUGGAUAAUGCCAAUCAUUCAACAGUUAUUUGUUCAUCAUUGCGAAAAGCAUUUAAUUAUUCAGUGCCAAUCAUUGAACAACUGUAUGAGAAGGCAAACUCUACGCCAUGCACACAAGUCAUUCUUCGUAUGGUUAUUGUCAAGGAUUUAUUGAACCAAGAUGAAAAUUGUAAAAUUCCAUUUGCCUUUCCUGCGAAUUACCUUUUUCAAUACAAUUUUCGAGUCUCUGUGAUUUUUAUUUCCGAGUCACAUCAACGAUCGACGCUAGGAUUGAACACUCAUGAAAAACCAUUCAUUGAUUGUUCAAAGUAUGAUGGACAACUUUUUGAAAAGUACACAAAUAUCAGACAACUGCAGAUUGUGAGAGCAAUUGCAGCGAUAGGAGUACGACUGGAAAAUAUCGAGGUAGAUUGCAUUUAUGUGAUGCAUGAUUCUGUUAUGAAAAAUGUUGCAUCUGAAUGUAAAACAUCGCAUGUACUAUUUUGUGACGGAAAGAUUCAAAAUGUCACUCUUGAUUUUGUUGGUCCUGAUAAGAUAUUGUUCGAAAAUAUGACAAUGGUUAAUUCUUUCGCUUCGUUUGCUGGAGCAAAUACGUUUUCAUUGCAUGAAAGCUCCAUUUAUAAUUCAGAAAUUCAGGCCAAAGACAUUGACGACACUUCCAUUUUUAAUACACAAUGUUUCUCAACGCCUCUCAAGUUAUCAGUAGUGAGAUCUGUGAACAUUUCUAGAUCCGAAUUUUCCACAAUGGAUUCUCAAUUGAAUGUAAUGGAGAGACCACAAGUACUAAUUCAUAUCAAUUUGGUAUUUUUCUUUUCAUUUAUAGAUAGCAAGGUAUAUAAUGUGAAUGCCAAAACUGCAUUGUAUUUAGAAAAUUCCUUUUCUAUCGAUAUUUCUAACUCUCAAUUCCUUCACAGUAACUUUACAGAUUCUACCAUUCGAGCAGAAAACGUUGAACAUUUUUACCUUGAUGAUAUUCUUUUUGAGAAUAAUAUUGGAAGAAAUUCAAUUAUGAGCAUUAUCGAAGUGACCAAAAUACAAGCAAAUUAUUGUCACUUUUAUAGAAAUCAAGUGAGUGUAUAUGGAACCAUACUAAUAUCUUCAACAAAAGAUACCACUUACGCUUCCAUCUUUCAAAGCACCUUCAGAAGUAAUAUAGCUCAAGGAGGAGGUGCAAUAUUUGCAUCACGUAAAGUUCAUGUGCUCGUCACACUAUGUGUAUUUAAUGGAAAUAGAGCUGAGCUCUUUGGUGGAGCCAUUUAUAGUAUUCACCCAUCACUAAUUGAGAUCUCCAUGAGCAAAUUUUACGAUAAUAGCGUUACUUAUCCCCGUAUCACGGAAAACUCCAAACAGAAUAUCGGUUCAGGAGGUGCUCUUGCCAUCACUCUUGAAUAUACUGGCAAAGAACAACAAGCCCAAACAACAGUAAUCAUGACGAAUAUUGACUGUCAUGAUAAUGCAGCCAUCAGGGGUGGAUGCAUAUUUAUUGAAUCAGAUACACGAGCUAUUUUAGAGAAUGUAGAUGUCAAACACAAUACUGCAUACUAUGCAGGUGGAGGUCUAUUCUUAAAAAAUUCUACAAACAUUUUUGUGGAACGUAAUCUGAAUGUUGAAGAUAAUAAGGUAAUUGCUGGAUAUGGACAAAACAAAGCCACAACUAUUGCUAGAGUGGAAUGGCAAUUGAGAUAUAUGGAUGACAACUCCUCUCCACUACAUACAAACUCUAUUUUCUUAGGUCAAAAAUGUAAUUUGACAUUUACCAAGUUUUAUGACAGCUAUGGUCAUGUCAUCCCACAAAAUGAUGAAAUAAUGGAAAUUUUGAUUGUCAAUGCAACAAAUUUAUUAAGAUUAACUUCAGUGGAAACAAAUAAUGCUAACGGAGUGUUGUUUGAUGUUGGAAUUGAUGUCUCCUAUACUUUUAUUCCAAAUAAUGUGACACUCAUUGUGAGGUUCAGUAAGCUCAAAUUCCCUAUUGAUCUCACACUUCGAGAAUGUCCAUCUGAUUAUGAAAUGUAUUCAAAUUUAGUGGUAGCUUCUUGCAGGAAAAAAAGUUCCUUCAUCAUGUUAAUGCCUCUCAUUAUUGUCAUGUCUGUAUUGACACUUUUGAUUGGUGUGAGUAUUGGAACUAUUGCAUCCGUGUUCAUUCGGCGUCUAAUGGUUAAAAUUAACAAAUUGAAUGAAAGGGAAAAAGCUGAAAGAGAAAUUGAAAAGAAAAUUAGACGUCAAGAAAUUUCUUAUAUUGUAAAAGACACAACUCCCUUACUUGCAUCAAUGAAGCAUCAUCAUGAUCACCAUCAGAGUUACAUUAUACCUUCAAAUGAAUUGAAUUUUGUUGAAAAGAUUGGAGCAGGAACUUUUGGUGUCUGCUUUAAGGCAAUUUUGAAUGGCACCAGCGAAGUUGCUGUCAAAGUGAUUCAAGAAAACACAGACGAAGAAUCUGUGAACCAAGAUUUUGAAAAGGAAGUCUAUUUGUUAAGUCAGUUGAGAAAUCCACAUAUUGUGACAUUCUUUGGUGUGUGCCUCACCGAAUCGAAAAAGUUCAUCGUCGUUGAGUAUUUACAGAGAGGAAGUUUAGAAAAAUUAAUUACCGAAUGCAGAAAUGGAAAGUCUAAAAAGUUAGACAUGACGACAAAGCUCAAAAUACUGUUAGACAUAUCUGCUGGUAUGAUCUACUUGCAUGGAAAGAAUAUCAUUCAUCGUGACUUGAAGCCUGCUAACAUUUUGCUUGCUGAUAAUGGAGUUGCUAAGGUCUGUGAUUUUGGUACUUCUAAAUUGAUUUCGAACCAUACUGAUCGAUCAACCAUGACGUACAACAUUGGAACACUCUUCUAUUCAUCACCAGAAUCAUUUAGUCAAGGAGAGCAUCACCAAUACUCUAUUAAUGAAAGUAUUGAAGAUGAUUCAAUUUCUUCAUCAGAUCUUGCAAAACGAACAGAUGUUUAUAGCUAUGCAAUUAUUAUGUGGGAAUUGUUUUUUGAAGAGUCACCCUAUUCAAAAUACACAGGUGACAAGAUGAAUAUGUUCGAUAAUGACUCCUUUGCAUUGAAUUCAAAUCAUGACAUUCAAAAUCAAUUGGUCAAUCCAUUUAGUAUUUGCCUUCAAGUGGUGUCUAAAGGGUUACGACCAAAAAUUCCAUUUCAUAACAAGGAACAAAUGUUGGAGUGGUGCAACAUUUAUUUACUCAAUGUGAAUAUUGAAAUUGUGGAUCAGUACUUUGAAUUGAUGAAACGCUCAUGGUCGAGAGAUCCAAGAGAUCGACCCAAUUUUGAUUAUAUUUAUGGAGUCAUUAAGAAAUUACAUGCAUCAUCUUCAAAGAAAUAG